UCAACGGCGUAUUCGAAAGAACUUGAGUCUGUUUUAAAGAAUCUGACUUCGCCGAAACUUUCCUUAGGAAAAAAAGCCCAAUUAAUCAAAGCCAACGAAUCUCUUUGGAAUGUGGAUCAAUUCAUGUAGUUCCAGUCUCUUUCGCUUGACGACAAGAUACCAUCAUAAGGAGGAGCUGAAGUUUGUUCAACAAGCCUUUUUAGAUAUCUGGGCCUACUUUCUUCAUAUUCUGGAAAAUCCAGACAUAUCCUUGUGUGUCAGACGCGUACUCUACUAUUUUCAAGCUUCUGAUUUGUAUAAUUUGCAGACACGAAUAUAAAAUCGAAUAUUUAUGCAAGUUUGAGAGUGCCACUUCCAUCGGUGUUUCUAAGCGCGCUUGUCACAUCAUCCAGUGUUAUCGGUACAUUCCUUUGAUCCCAGACUCACUUCCAGCCGUCUCUUAUCCAAGAGCCGAGACUUGUGCAUACGAAAAAUGCGGAACCGCCUUUCCACAAGCGAAGAAAUCGAUUUCUGCGGCUGCACUUUUGCCGUCAGCUUCUUCCGCGAGUCCAUCUUCCAAAAGCCGCUGCUCGCCGCCAUUCGCCGCGGUUUUUCGGAGUGGUACGACGUGACCCGCCAAAUCAACUCCUACCGCGGGAUCCACAAC